UAAGCUUAAAGCCACCAUCUUUUGCGACUUGGCUGACCGAAUUGACACUGAUUAACACGACGGACCAGUGGUCCGCUUCUCAGGGUGCAGACAUAAGAGGUCGGGCCAUAUCUUACCGGUCUUACGUCUGUAAGCUGCCAGCAAAGACAUGGAAGCACUUGCCGUACUUGUAUUUAAGUGUCGUGCUUUUCAUGGUCCAGAGGAAUAUUGAUCAAACCUCCUUUUCACUCCCCUGUCCAAAUAGAAGACAGACUGUCUCUGAGCAAGGCAUUUCUUCGGCUCGUUAAAAUCAUAUCACGACUCGCAACUCGUCCACAUCGAAAAGGAUCAUGAUCAACAUUGGCACACUGGUUUGGAUUUCUGUGCAACCGCUCAUACGCCUGUUCUUGUGUGUAGGAUGCGGAUUUGCAGUUACAAAGGCAGGCUUAUUGCCCCCCUUGGCGGCUCGCGGGAUGGGACAAGUCAUCAUAAAUGUCACGACGCCAAACUUGAUGUUCUCAACGAUUGUACCAGCGUUCAACUCUUCAAACAUUUCUGAACUCGGCCCUCUUGUUAUCGUUGCGCUGGUCUAUAUGCUAAUCGGCAUAAUAUUGUCUUGGAUCAUCAAGCAACUCUUUUGGGUUCCCCACAGAUUCCGGCACGGAAUUCUUGUGGCCGGAGGGUGGGCAAAUAUCGGUGACAUCCCUAUCUCGGUGACCCUGAGCGUGAUGGCGUCAGCUCCUUUCAAUGGAACUGAUGAUGAGAAUCUGGCAGUGGGUUACAUCGCCGCUUUUAUCCUUGUAUGGUCUAUCACACUUUUUCCACUUGGAGGACACCGGUGUAUCAUGAUGGAUUUCGAUGGUCCUGACUUCGAAACUGAUCAAGUCAAGGAAAGGCUAAGCACCAAGCACAAGAAGGCUCUGUCGAGUCUAGCUGCCGGAUUUGUACACCUCAGGCAGAUCCUUCACUUCAAACAUCCAUCAGCCAUGGAUAUUCAUACCGAAGCUGGUCAAGCAAUCGCCGAAAAAGGGUCUCCUGAUGUGACAUUCACACAUGAGGACUCUGUCACUACGUGUGAUAAACCGUCAGGGCAGGAAGAAAUCAGAAUAUUAGCAUUGGCGGAUGAACAUCCGCUGUCUACUCAGUUUUUGGAUCCUACUUCUCCCUCAUUUACCGCCGUACCGCCCGGGCCGCUUUUUACUGACGGAACUCAGAAAGUCGCCACAACUACCGGUCUUCCUGGCUCUGUCGCCGGACACGUCGCAGUGACGCAUGCUCAUUGGUUCUACAAGUUUAUCGGUCUGGCCUUUGGAUUCCUGCGAUCCCUCAUGACUCCCCCGUCUUUGUCGAUAAUCGCCUCAUUCGUCAUUGCCGUUAUUCCUUCAUUGAAGGCACUUUUUGUUUCAGGCGUUCCAGGCACGCACAUACAUCCAGCGCCCGAUGGCCAACCUCCACUCGCAUUUAUCAUGAAGACAGCUGCAUUCAUUAGUGCCGCAUCAGUACCAAUGGGCUUGAUUUCUCUUGGGUCUGCUCUUGCCAGACUAAGUAUCCCGCGAAGCCAGUGGAGCUCUCUCCCUCUUGGUGCAAUUGGGAGUUUGGCUAUUGGUAGACUCGUUGUGAUGCCCGUUCUGGGCGUUCUCAUUUGCCAAUCACUCACACAUGCCGGACUGAUAGAUUCUUCCAACAAUGUCCUCAGAUUCGUUUGCAUCUUCUUGUCGUGCUUGCCCACUGGGACCACACAGGUGUUUUUGACUCAAGUAUACUCUGGGACAGGUAAUGCUGAGCAUCUAUCAGCGUUCCUGAUACCCCAGUAUAUCAUCAUGUUCAUAUCGAUGACAGCCAUCACGUCUUUCACACUUCAUAUCCUCUUUGGAUGAUGCCCUAGGCAGGGAUGGAUGAUUCGCGUCGUCUGCGGGUUUAGAUGUUGAUGGCUGAUUAGCGAAUGUCCGAUUUCUCCUGGCGAGUCGGACAGUAAAAGAGAUGUACAACAAGUCCGUACUGCACAUACAUGUAGAUUAUAUUAGAGCGCCUGAAACUGUAUCUAUGACCCCUAUAUACGCAUAUGUU